AUGGCUGAUCCUGAAGUCUGUUCUCAUGGGAGCCAUCCCGAGAAGGAGACAUCAAAGAAAGAAGCAAGCCUGCUGAAACCUACUGGUAGUAUUGAUGACGACCACGUAGGGCAGACACAAGAGUGUAGGAAUGGCCAAUUCCACCGUUCCUUUUCUCCUCGCCAAGUCCAUAUCAUUUCCCUGGGGUCUAACAUCGGCAGUGGUGUCUUCAUCGCCACCGGAAAAGCCCUAGCAACCGGUGGUCCAGGGAAUAUGCUUAUUGCCUACGCUAUGGUUUGCAGUUGUGUGUGGGGAGUCCUCCAGUCCCUAUCUGAAAUGACCAUUGCAUUCCCCGUUUCUGGGAAUUACAUUGAUUUUGCGGAUCGCUGGGUCGAUCCCGCUCUAGCAUUUGGCGCAGGCUUUGCCGAGUGGCUGGGAUGGACUGCCAUUGUUGCCGCUGAAGCUGGCUUUUUCGACGUGCUUGUCCAGUACUGGGCCGGGGGGUCAUUCCCUCAGGCAGCCACAAUCACUCUCUUCCUUGCCGCCUGCCUGUUCAUCUUCGUUCUCCCGAACAAGGUUUUUGCUUGGUUCGAAUACGUGACGUCGCUCAUCAAAAUCGGCUUUGCCAACUGUGCCUUACUUGCUACAUGGGCUGUCGGAGACCAGGUAUUCAUCGGAAUUAUGGGCGGCGAAGCCGAGAGUCCUCGGUUCUCAAUGGCCCACGCGACAAAGCUCGUCCCAUUCCGCGUGAAUGUUAUCUACAUUCUCAGUGUUGUGUUUAUCACGAUAUUAGUUCCCUCCGACGACGACCGUCUGUUAGGCGGAAGCGGAGUUGCAGCUUCGCCCUUUGUCAUUGCGAUUCAGGAUUCGGGCAUUCCUGGAAUCGCAUCGCUUCUGAAUGCAGGCAUGAUGUGUGGCAUUCUUGGGCUUGCUGCGGAGUCCAUCUAUAUUUCCUCGAGAGUGUUAAGGAGCAUGUCUCAUCAGCGCCUGAUCCCAGAACGGCUUGCCAGAGUGGAUGAUAAAGGAAGACCCAGACUGGCCUUGAUAAUUACAUCAGUUGUUGCCGUUAUCCUGGCAUACAUCCAACUAGCUUCUGGUGGCUUGACCGUGUUGAAUUGGUUGAUCUCGAUUACCAGCGCUUCCUUUUUCAGCAAUUGGAUCAUCAUCGCCUUUACCAACUGGCGCUUUCAUUGUGCCCUCAAGGCACAGAAUGACCCGCUAUUUACGGAGAUAUAUGCCUGGAAGUCCUCACUCUGGCCGCUUGCGCCAGCGUGGCUCAUGCUGGUUUCUCUACUUUUGUUAGUCUGCUGUAUUACCAGUGGUAUUGUACCAGCUGGCGGCUCUGGAUUCACAGCAGAGAAUUUCUUCCAAUACAUCAUUGGACUCUUGAUUAUUGUCAUCUUUACAGUCGGGUACAAGAUCAUUUUUAAAACGCCUUGGCGGGACCCAAAAACGGCAGAUUGCAGAACUGGCCGGCGAACCUUGGGCAAGCAGUAUAGGCGUUCUAUGGGAACUGCUAUCAGUAGAGGUCUCGUAUCUGGCUCCAUCGAUGCUUCUUUGGAGGAAAUCGACCAGAGAUCGCAGGAGCCCAGCCUUCUAUUCAAAAAUGAGAUGCGGGUUGGUCCUUUUGCUGUCCUCGAUUUUACAAAACCAUCCUCUUCCGGUGGCGAACAUACAGGUCUUGCUCUGGAAAGGCCAAUGAAUCCUACCCAUACACCACCUUCAGAUCAUGGGAUUGGAGUAUCCGAUCCUUCCUCAUAUACUGUUGACAUCUCAGGUUAUGCAGACGACCUGCUACAAUGGUCAGACCUCUUUGGUGAAGACUGCUAUGGCAUGCUUUCCGACUCUUCCUACCCUGGAAAUUACUUUGACUUCUCUCAAUUGGAUGAUACAUAUCCUGAACCAGUUUUGCCACUUGAGGAUGCAUCACUCCAGCCCCUUCCCUUUGCGCACACACCUACCCCCGUCAACAUACUGGACCAUGCUUCCUUUUUGCUAAAGAAUUUCCAAAAGAAUAUUGUUCCUCAGAUGACUGUUGUCCCCCUUGCUAAAAGCCCGUGGAACAUUUUGAAUGUACCUGCGGCGUUGGUCACUUUGGGUGAAUUGACGAUUAUGGAAUCUGAAAGUGUCAGCCAUGCCCGGCAGGCAAAUCUUUACAGUUUGCUAGCCUGUUCUGCCGUUCACCUGGCUAUGGAUUCGUCGACAGAAACGAUUGGCUCGUUUCCGAGGAACCAUUGGAAGGAAGUUUCAGAGCAAGCUUAUCAAGAUGCGAAUACCCAUUUGAAGAUUUCCUUAAGCGAGGAAGCAGGUGGCGCUAAAAAGGCCAAACUGAAGGAUCAGUUGAUGGCAAUAUACGGACUCACGGAAUUUGCGAUAUUCUCUGGCCAAUAUAUGGAUGCACGACGUUACCUGGUUGAAGCCGAACGGCUUUUGCGCUUUAGAGCACUAUCCAAACAGAGGAUAUCUCAGAAGCUCCGUCUUCUGAUCAAUGUCUACGUAUGGCUUCGCCUGAUCGGAGAAAGCACAUACGUUUUGCAUAGCUACACCCCAACAGAAUCAUUCAUUAACAACCUCAAUAUGCAUUGCGAAGUUCAAACACCCAAUGCCGGUGAGAAAUUCACAGCAUACAUUGCCGAGCGUGGGCGUCGAAUAGAUGACUUUCUCCAUCUCGAGAACUCCGAAGGCGAUCUGAACAUCGAUGAACCAAAAGACCACAGAAUGGACGUUCCUGACAUUCAUCUCCAUGACUCACGAAAGUCGACUGGGAGUCUAUGCCAGCAGGUAUACGGGAUGCCAGAGACAAUGCUCAGUUUAGUCUCACAGACCACUCGGCUGGCAAAUGUCAUGGAGACCCUGCGGAACGCACAAGCCUUAGAUAUUCCAAUCAGCAGUCAUGUUUGGAAGGCUUUAUGCCGGCGCAGUACACGUCUCGAAAACGUGAUAAACUGUUUCAGAAACCGAGACUUGAAGCUGGAUAUUUGCAAAGAACAAACCUCACCUCAUGAGCUCAUGGUGCAGGCUUUGAACUCCUCUCUUGUGAUUUUCUUCUAUAGGAGGGUGAAACAGGUCCACCCAGCGAUCCUCGGUGGCCAUGUUGACCACGUCAUUUCCACAUUGCGGAUUUGGCUAUCUUUCGUGAAAGAGGGAUGUCCUUCCAAAAUGUGGUCCCUGCCACCCUCAUCAUCACCGCGCGGAAGAACUCCCCCCCUACGCUACUUGUGCAUCCCGGGGAUGAUAUGGAUCGCCAGCCGCUUCAUCCGUCCCUUUGGCUCGUCUGGCAGUCCAACAUGGUGCCAGGCCAUAACACAACUUGUCAUUGCGACUUUGCAGGCAACAAACCUGUUAUUUCUCAAUCCUCUAGCCGACUCAGAUAUCCCGGGCGGCACAACAACCAUUCGGAACUUCGGAUCAAAGUUGAUCGCUGCAUUUCGUUUGCUUGCUCAAACCCGCGCUGUUAAUACACAAUGGCAGGUGAAGAAUGUGCCCUCUCAUCCGAGGUAUUACCUGCGCCGGGGAAUGCGGGUUCCGACCCGCGGUCGAUUUUUGCUGCGACAGCUAGCAAUCGUCGCAUGGCAGUGCUUGGUGCUGGACAUUGUGCAGACCAUCUCGCUUCAGCAGGCUGCGGAGCGUGGUAUUCAGGAGCCUGCGUCGUCGGAAAUCGAAUGGAUCGUGCCUGUGGGACAAUGGGCUGAGCGAAUAGCCACUCAUCUGUCUAUUUGGUUUGUGGUAAAUCGUCUAAUCAGUGAUCUUGCUUAUCGAGUAUUGUCCAUAUUCUUCGUCGGGAUCGGGUUAGACUCACCUGCAGAUUGGCCGCCCGCCUUUGGGAGAAUGGCCGAUGCAUUUACUUUGCGCAACUUUUGGGGGAAGUUCUGGCAUCAGUUCAUGCGCCAGCCCUUCACGUCUAUUAGCGGCUUCAUCGGACGAGAUGUUUUGCAUCUUCCCAGAUCGUCAACACUGGAGCGAUACACCAAUCUUUCCAUUGUCUUUCUUAUCUCGGCCAUAUUCCAUGUUAUUGUCGAUAUACUGCAAAGCAUUCCGAUGGAAAGGUCCGGCUCGAUGCCGUUCUAUUUAGCAUUUGUCCUGGGCAUAAUGCUGGAGGAUGGAGUUCAAAGCCUUUGGAAAUGUCUGCAAACACCAGACAACGGUCAAAACAAGGGAAAACAAUUAUCAGACACUGUGCCGCUUUGGAAGCGAGCUGCUGGGAUGGUAUGGGUCAUGCUAUGGCUUGGGGUCACGUCGACAUGGUACUUCACUCCGAUGAUUCAAUCCACGAAUGAUGAUAUGCGGGUGAUUCCUUUCAGUGUGGCAAAAUAUAUUGGCUUCCAGCCGCUCAUAGGUAUCACUAUGGGUAGUGGAGUUGGCAUUGCAGUCGUGUUUGAAGCUGAGCUAUGA